ACCUAUAAUAGAUGGGGAUAUGGUACCUAAAUGACUACAUUUGCAUCAUUAACAUAUUACUGUUUAAAAGCAAAUGGUGCUAAAAGUAAAUUAACUUUGGGUUUUCUGUAUAUUUAUUGGAUAAAUCAUUUCUUUACUGUUGGCAGUUUUAUUGGAGUGACUUUCUCUUUACCUUGGGCAAUGAAACAUUUACAAUAGGCAGAUCCUCAAUCUAAUUUAUAUUCGCAAUUAACACAAAUCUAAAAUUUAAUAAGAAAUCGUAAGGAUGAAUCAGAUAGUGAAUUAAAUAACAUGUUCUAUGCAUUAAGAGUAAUCAACAACGAAGUAAAUUUACAUUAAUAAUAUAAUCUUACAGAAAAUUAUAGAUUAAAAGAAAACUUAAUUAGUCGAAAAUGAUUUUUUUGAUAAACAUCCAGAAUAUGUACCAUAAGUAAUUUAGGAAAAUACAAGACUUCCUUAUUUAGAUUAUUUCUUAGUUCGAUUUGCUUAUUUUACAUUCACAAGAUGGAUUACAAGAGUAGGAUAAUUUGCAGGAUUUAUACAAUGA